CCAAGAAUUCAUCAGUCGUCUGCUCGCUUCAGAUCUAGCGGGUGGGGCAGGCAGGCGGGGCUUGAUAGUGUCGUGUUGUUUUGUGAGAGGUUCAGUGUAGAAGGCGGUAGUUAAUUCGCCUUUUCUUCUUGUUCGACCGUCAAACCUUCAUACAGUAGCCAUGUCGGUUAUGACAAUUAAGCUAUCGAAACCCGAGGGUGCGUCCUGGGGCUUCAGGCUGCAGGGUGGCAAAGAUUUUGCGACACCUCUCUGUAUUCAGAAGGUGAACGGCGGUUCUGUGGCGGCUACGGCAGGGCUCCAGGCAGGAGACGCCAUCGUCAGCAUUAAUGGGAAGGAUGCUCUUUCUCUCAGGCACAAAGAGGCACAAGAGGCCAUCGUCAAAGCUGGAAAUCAUUUUGACCUCGUCGUUCAGAGGGGUGCACCCACAUGGAAGCCAGCCGUGACGCCCCUGGCCCAAGUGAAGACGACUCCAGAGGGCGUGCCCGUCGCCACCUCCACCUCUCUCGCUGCUAACAAGAAGCCCAUCCGCUACAUCGGCUCCAAUCAUAACAGUGUGGCCCGGCCCUUCCCCGGCUACACAGGCUCCCAGCCCACCUAUGCACACACUGCUCGAGCUGUAACGAGCCUUCACUUUGAGUCUUCAGAAGCGCAUGUCAGUGCGCCUCACAGUGGUUCCUCCUCCAGAAACACCUCUGGUAGUACUAGCCCAAUCAGCUGCCACCCAAUUGCUGGUACUACAUUAUCUUUAAACAAAGAGAAUGCCAAAAAUUUCCUAAAGAUGACUCUUGAUAAAGAAAAUGUUAACACGAUAAAUGUUCACACACCAUACAAGACGCAGAAAUCGAACAGUAACGAAAAUCUGUUUACAAGUCAAUUCCUGAACAACGGAGCAGUUGGGGGUAGCGGUGGCCAUCAGAGGAAGUACUCCUUGGCCAGCAAUACUUCCAGCUGCAGUAGUGAGGCUGACCACGACUCGCUUACCCGGCGCAACAACGAAUAUGUUGCUCCAGUAGGAUCCCACAAAAACACGGUCGCUCUUCCCUUCGCAGAGGUGAACGGGCAGCAGAUCGUGAACACCCAGUACAACACGCCCCUGAAGUUGUACAGUGACGACAACAUUGCAGAGACGCUCUAUGCCCAGGCCGAGGUGCUUGGGAAGGGAUGUCUUGGCAUCAACUUCAAGAAGUUUGCACGGGAGACUGUAAUCCAAACAGAGUCCCCCACGUACAAACUUAUUCAUGGAGAUGGGGAAGAUACUCCGAAGAAAUCUCGUCCCCCACCCGUCUCUCCUUUCGACAAGGAGGCCCCGCCCCCUGCCCCGCUCUUCCCCCGACCGAAGCCUGCAUCAAAGCCAGCACCAGCAGCACCAGCACAGUCUCCUCAACAGGGAGGACAGUCAGACAGCCCCUUGAGUGGUGGCGGGCCGGGUCCCAUAGGCACUCGCAGCGUGUGUGCCCCACAGACCAAAGUGAAGCCCGAGGGGGCACCAAGUCCCUUACAAAGCACCAAGUGCUCCGAAUGCGAGAGGCCCAUUAUCGGCGUGUUCGUGCGCAUAAAGAAUAAAAACCUGCACGCAGACUGCUUCAAGUGUUCUACCUGCGGUUCAUCACUGAAGAAUGUGGGCUACUACAACAUAAACGAGAAGCUGUACUGCGAUGUGCAUGCCAAGCAAGCUGCCCGCCACAACCCUCCAGGGCCCAACCUGGAGCCAGUCCUUGUUAAGCCUGGUGCUCCUGUGCCUGCUGGUGUCACGAUUGCCUCCUUGGCCAAGGUGGCUCCAGCCCCUGCUCCCUUCAAACCUCCUGCGGGUGGUGUGAGAAUCAUCCCCACGUCGGUCCUCGCCCCAGCACCUGUGCCCAAGUUCGCCCCAGUCCCCCCGCCCAAGUCCGAGCCAGUGGCCCCAGAACCCACAUCAGUACCUGCACCACAACCAGAACCUGAGCCAGAAUCAGCAGUGGAGCCAGAGUCCGAACUGCAGCCUGAGCCUGUUGUCGCCGAGCCUGAGCCAGCCCCUGUUUCUGAGCCUGUUGUGGAGGCUGCACCUGCACCUGCACCUGUCCAGUCUCAACCCGAGCCUGCACCUGCGCCUGAGGCCGACGUCGCUCCUGUGGAGCACCAGGCAGAGGCUCCAACAACUGAAGAGGUUCAACAGGAUGCAUCACCACUAACAACAGAUCUACAGCUUGAAACUGAAGUAGAGGCCAAGCCUAAAACAGAGGCUUCCCCACAGACUGAUACUGUGACAGAGGCUAAACCAGAGCCACAGACUCUUCUGGAGCCCACGGCUAUACUAGAGCCAGAACCAGAGGCCCCAGUUAUUUCACAGACAGGACCAGAGGCCAAGGUUAUUUCCCAGCUUGAACCAGAGGUUGAGGCUGUCUCUCAGCCAGAACCAGAGCCUGACACCAUAUUGCAGCCAGAGCCUAAGGCCAUUUUGCAACCAGAACCAGAGCCAGCAGUCGCAGCAGAGCCAGCAGUUGCAGCAGAGCCCGCAGUUACAGCAGAACCUGCCACUAUUGCUGAUGUGUCACCGGCAGAGUGUGUGAGGGGGGCAUCUGGGGUGGCCGAGCACCUGCCAGCUGCCCCCGAGGCCCCGCCAGCUGCCCCACUGUUUGAGGUAGAGUGGCGCAUGUCCCCUGCGCAUGAUACUGGCUGGGCCAGUGCCACAGUCUACCAUAGCUCAGCGUCCAUACAUACGCUGCUCCAGAAACCGGCGCCGGCUCCUGUUCCUGCCCCAGUCCUCUUCCAGGCCCCCGCAGCACCCAUGGCGGCCCCUCCAUCCACCUUCACACCGUUCAAAGCCCCAGCCGCCCCCGCGCCCCAGAAGGCACCAUUUGGUGCCCCUGCUGGAAGCGUGGAUGUGCGGUCGCACAUUCCUAAGAAAGGUACACCUUUUGUGUGGCCACCACCAAAAACGGUGGAUGUGGUGGAGGAGGGGCCCCGUACACCUUCUUGGGCGCCUGCGGGGGAACCUGUUUAUGUGCCCAGACCAAAGCAUGCAGCUGGUCCACCCCCUAAGAGGCCUCCCCUCUUGCCCACUCCACCACCACCAAAAGAUUACGAUACCAUGGUCAUAAAGGCUUCCCCUCCCGCCCAGCAACCCGCUAAACCUGCCCAAACUAUCCCUGCUUCUGCUUCUGCUUCUGCUCCAGCCCAUGCACCUGCUCCUGCACCAGCCCCUGCAAUAACUCCAGCAUGCAAAACCCCUUCUUCACAAGGAAAGGGUAAAAUAGAGCCUCCCUCAUUUGCACCCAUCACUGAGCCAAUGCCCUCUGCAAGCAAGUGUGUUCCCACCCCUCAGCUGUCAUCUACUCUACCUGCUUCUUCCAAGCCUGUUGCUCCUAAACCUGCUGCUGUUAAACCUGCUGCUUCAAAGCCUGUUAGUGGUUUUAAGCCUGUGGCAGCUCCGAAGCCAGUUCCAAAGUCAUCAUCAAAUGUUGGUUUUAAGCCAGUUACAGCACCAAGUCAGAAAACUGGUCCGGCCCCAGGAGCUCCCUCAAAACUUGCCUCUGCCCCCAUCCUUCCUCCUGUUUCAGUUCCUAUUGUUAAUUCUAUCCCAGCACCUGCUCCUAAGCCUGCUCCAGGUCCAGCUGCAGCAUCCGCAUCAGCCCCAAUGCCAAAACCUGCAGCCCCCAAGCCCCCCGCUCCCACAGGCCCUGCUCCUGUCUUCGCUCCGGCUCCAGCACCUGCUCCAUCUAUGGGUGGAAUGCCCAAACCCACACCAAUGCCAGACCUGGGUGGUAGCUCUAUGAAGGGUGUUGCUCAGACUGGUGGGCAGAGGACUGCCCCUCGUCGUGGACGUGGUGUGAUGAAUCCAUCAACCACCACCAGGAUACCCAUUUGUGCUGACUGCACACGCCAGAUCAGGGGUCCCUUUGUUUCUGCAUUAGGCAAGACUUGGUGCCCAGAUCACUUUGUAUGCUCCACUGAAAGCUGUCGUAGGGCGCUAAUUGACAUGGGAUUUGUAGAAGAGCAAGGUUCCCUUCACUGUGAAGACUGUUACGAGAAGUAUUUUGCUCCCAUUUGUGGCAAAUGUGACAAGAGAGUGAAAGGGGAUUGUCUUAAUGCUGUGGGUAAGCAGUUCCAUCCCGAAUGUUUUUGCUGUGCCUACUGUGGCAAGGUGUUUGGCUCUGGGGCCUUCUAUCUGGAAGAUGGACUGCCCUACUGCGAAACAGACUGGAAUGACCUAUUUACGACCAAGUGUGUGGGUUGUGGUUUCCCUAUCGAGGCUGGUGACCGCUGGGUAGAAGCCCUCAAUAACAACUAUCACAGCCAGUGCUUCAAGUGCUCUGUUUGCAAAUCCAACCUAGAGGGCAAGAGCUUCUAUGCCAAGAACGGCCGACCCUUCUGCAAGUCCCAUGCUGGCCGCUAAACUCCAGUCUGGCUGAAUCUUGCUUGAAAUGCCACAAGAACUUGGAGGGCCAGAGCUUCUUCGCCAAAGGUGGAAAGCCUUUCUGCAAGGCUCAUGCCCAACGUGGUUUCUAAGCUGCUUAGAGCAGUCUGCAGGUCCCAUCGUGACUUCCUCCUAAGGGUAGGGAGGGGGUUCACCUGCUUCCAUUCGCAAGCAACAGAAACUACAAUGUCAUGGGUUAUGCAAGUGCCAUCUGUAGAAGCAGUGUCAACAGCAACAGAUUUCCACAACUCUUUUACUUAUUUACUCCUACUUCGACUGUUGAUUAACAUAAAUCAAGUUCUUUGAAAUUGACAAAUGUCAAAGCACAUCUCUACAAGAAUUACCAUUUUUCAAUGUCUUGAUGUACCAUACUUGUCAUUUAAAAUACAUAUGCCAUGCAUUAUAAAAUGAACAUUACAGCUUUUGGUUAAUGUUGCCUUCUGAUGGCAGAGUGAGUUAACCACCUUUCUGUUGCAUUUAUUUGUCUCAAUUCAAUAUGACAAAAUCUAUCUGUAAGGUUGGAUUUAUAUAUAUAAUGUGCAGAAAUGAUCACCAGUGAUAGUCAGUGCCUUGAUUUUUAAACUAUUAUUGUAAGUAUACAUAAUCUUUAGUACCUAGAUAAAGGUUUGGUAAUCCAGAGAAAUGCAGACAUAAUACAGUAUACUGUAGUUAAAUUAGACACGUGCAACUCUUGGGUAUCUUUAUUGAGGAAACGUUUCGCCACAGUGGCUUCAUCAGUCCAUACAAAGGAUAAACUUGAAGAACAGGAGGAGAAUGAGGUAAUCUGUCCUCAACCUUGAGUCGAUGUGGUCAGUCCAUCAAUCUAAAAUAGAAUACAUAUAGAUGGACUGACCACAUCGACUCAAGGUUGAGGGACUGAUUACCUCAUUCUCCUCCUGUUCAAGUUUAUCCUUUGUAUGGACUGAUGAAGCCACUGUGUGGCGAAACGUUUCCUCAAUAAAGAUACCCAAGAGUUGCACAUGUCUAAUUUAACAACGUGUCGAUUCUUUGAACCAUUCAUCUACAAACAGUAUACUGUACAUGAAAGGUCUACAAGUAUACAAUGGUCUAAACUGUAUACUGUAGAAUGGAAAGGUUUAAACUCAUUUGUUUCUUGUACUAUUGAUUUUGCCAUUGCUUUAGGUAUUGUCCAGUCCUUGCUGUUCACUGUAUAGAGAAAUAUAUAAAUUGUGAAUAACAUGUUACACAAGCUAUUAUUGUAUAUAUGAUUUUCUUAAAAUGAAGAAUAUUUAUCUAAAAAAAACAUUAUACAAAACAUCUCAGCAACAAGAAUCCAACUCGGUUAUGCUUGCUUAGUCUCCUGAAUGCCGUGUGUUGUCUGUCCCAGUUUCUGUUGAUUGAUGUUUACACGCACUGAAAGCAGUCUUCGUGAAUUUAAGAGGGAAUUCUAAGUUGUAUGCUAUCUAUAGAGCUUGCUUAAGGGCCAAUAAUUCACACUGCCUAUGACCCUGUAGCAAACAACUUGAGGCUUAUAUAUGUAGAUUAUUUUAAAUUUCCGAAGGCUGAAUGCAAAAAAAAAAAAAAAAAAAUUUAACAACUAUUAAAAUGUUGUUGCGUGCUUCUUUGUCUUCUGACCCCUCUUUAAUAGGGGAAUAUAAACGAAAAUAGACAUGUAUAA